AUGCCGUCUUCGUAUUUAGCUUAUCCUUCAGGUCUCUACCUUUUUGCACCGACCCUGAAUCUCCUGGGAUAUUCUUUCUUAGGUUCCGAGGUGGCGCCUCAAGGUUUUCCAGGCCGACGAGCACUUUUCUCUCCUGGGUUCGUCGCGUGGCGGCCCUUUGUUGGCUACCAAGGGACUUGGACGGUUGAGGUCUCAGGUUAUCUCCCCUGGCGUUUUCACUGUCCCCGAUCCCUUCCGGGGCACCCUGGCGGUCACCAGCAUCCUGGUUCCCAGCCAUGGCAUCUCCUGGUGGUCUCGGGGCAUCUUCCAAGAGAAGCAUAUAAUUUCUUCCUUCCAAUCGCUCGACAACGAUUGUUAGUCCUCGAACCAAGUGGGUCAGAGUGUUCAGCUAGGCCUACAUCUGUACUGAGUCAAGCUGUGGCGUGCCUGUGGGUGGAGCUUCAUCCCUCACGGGGGUUGAUUCCCCUGGUCGGGGUGAUUCCUCCCACUCCCACUGUUGGUUGGAUGCGUGCUGAUCUCCUCAGGGGUCUUCCUUGGGAUGUGGGUCCAGUUGCUCGCGUUCUGCCCUCUGCGCCCACGCCAAAAUCUGCCAAGGGUAGCCUCUCUCACGACCGACUUUAUCACGUUAUUUUGCACGAGCUGUUCUUGCAGGGCUCGACUCUGUAUAGAGUCGAUGGUCUUAUAGCUAUCGUCACCGGCGGUGCCAGCGGCAUUGGCGAGGCCACCGCUCGAAGCUUCACGACUCACGGUGCGCGGGCUAUUGUGAUUGCCGACGUCCAGGAUGAGAAGGGCCAAAACGUCACCAUUUCAAUCGGCCCCGAGCGCUGCAGCUACGUCCACUGCGACAUUACAGACGAGGAGCAAGUCAAAAUCCUAGUCGAAUCCGCCGUACGGAAGUACGGACGCCUCGACGUCAUAUUCAGCAACGCUGGCAUCCCCAGUGCCUCCGAUCAGACAGUCCUAGACCUCGACUUCUCCGCUUUCGAGAGGCUUUUGGCCAUGAACGUGCGCAGCAUGGCAGCGUGUGUGAAGCACGCGGCGCGAGCGAUGGUGGAGGGAGGGGUGAAGGGCGGGAGCGUGGUUUGCACGGUGAGCGCGGUGAUGAGAGUAGGGAUGGAGAGGUUCACGGACUACGUGAUGUCGAAGCACGCGUUUCUAGGGCUGGUGCGGUCGGCGAGCCUGCAGCUGGCGAAGCAUAGGAUUCGGGUGAAUAGCAUGUCACCGGGAGGGGUCGGGACGCCGCUGCUGCGGGCGAUGCUGGGGAUCGGGGAGGAGGUGGAGCUGGAUGAGGUGGUGGAAUGGUUUUCGCGCAUGAAGGGGACUAUGAAGGCAAAAAAUGUGGUUGAUACGGUGGUGUUUUUGGCGUCGGAGGACUCAGAGUUUAUGACGGGGCAUGAUCUGGCUGUCGAUAGUGGUAAUAUAAUGUAG